AUUUGUUCAUUUUAAUAUAUUAUUUAAUUGAAUAAUCUUUAUUUUAAGUAUAUUCAAUUCCAAUACUUCCGUAACAUAUCGUUUGUAUAGAUUUCAUAAAAAACUUAUGACGUUCGUUUUAGAUUUUUUCAUUUGAUGUGUUUGGUAUUUGUGUGCAUCUUAUUUAUUAUAUUUUAUUAAUGAACAUAUUUGUGCAGCUUUUUCUUUUGUAGUUCUUUAAAUUUUGCCAUAUAAAACGUAAAAGCCACCUUUAUUUUUCUUUUAUACUGUCAUUACUCCUGCUCCUCGUCAAUACACUCUCGUGCACAAUGAUAAACUGCGGGUAAACUUAAAGAUGGGUAUCCACAAUUGAAAGAGACGUACAAUUUCCUGCAUAAAAUGCCUCCACCUCCUAUAGCACAAAAAUGGAGAGAUGAUUAUAUUUGCUAGAAAACUUAACGAAGGAUAAAAGAACAAAAGAAGUUUGUAUAAUAGUUGAAUUCGGUAUGAUUACAGUCGAUGCAUGCGUGAGCAGUAGCCAAAAUAACGAGAAUUCAUCAAUACCGCUUUUAACGAGUACUCGAUUAAACAGACUUUUAAAAGAACCAGAUCAUAAAAAUAUAAAUUGUUCAACAAAAAAUCUAGCUCAAAAUCUUGAAACACGUGAAUCAAAUUUAAAAAACUGUUGUAUUCCAUUGUUACGGAAGUCGAAAUAUCUUAACUGUUGCUGUAUACUGCGGAAUGGACUUAACAAAAUGUCGCCAUCUGAUUCUCCAAAAAUAGAUCCUAUUAUUACGGAUUGUCAGAUUGAUAGACGCCGCGUUUGUGUAAAUAUAGCAGGGAAAAAAUAUGAAACUUUUGAAAGUACGUUAGCAAAAUAUCCAGAAACAUUACUUGCAUUACCUCAAAGAGAGCUUUUUUUUGAUAGUUUAAACGGUGAAUACUUUUUUGAUAGAAAUAGAAAAGCAUUUGGUGCUAUUUUAACUUAUUGUCAAACAGGAGUGCUAGUAAAACCCCCCAAUUUAGACGAUAGAAUUUUUGCUGCAGAGCUUCGAUUUUUUGGUUUUGAAGCUGAAAGUGAGGCUCACUUACCAAAUGUCUUGAAUCAUUCAGAAAAUACUUUAUACCCAACAAAUUCAUAUUUAAAAUAUAUUUGGGAACUAUUUGAAGCACCAGAUACAUCUUUAGGUGCCCGUUUAAUUUCUUUGUUUUCUAUGUCUGUUAUUGUUCUAUCAAUUGUAAUGUUUUGUAUUGAAACUUUACCCGAUUUUAAGAAACCAGUUUAUACAAAUGACCCUUUAACAGGAAACAGUUCUAUUUCGAGUUUUCAAACAAAAGACGAAUACGAAACUGCAUUUUUUGCAAUUGAAUGCGCUUGCAUUUUAUGGUUUACAGCUGAAUAUUUGUUAAGAUUAAUAUCUUCACCUAAAAAAUUUUUAUUUUUGCGCCAGCCAUUAAAUAUUAUUGAUAUUGUUGCAAUAUUACCAUUUUAUAUUACAAUUUUUUUACGUUCCACUAAUGCUAACGUUGCAAGUCUUUCAAUUCUUCGAGUGUUACGUCUUAUACGUGUUUUCAGGAUUUUCAAGUUAUCACGCUACAGUAAAGGGUUGAAAAUACUUGGUUAUACUUUUAAGGCAAGUUUGCAAGAGCUAGCUUUGUUAGUAUUUUUUCUUGCUAUCGGCGUUGUUUUGUUUUCGUCGGCUGCUUAUUUUUGCGAAGAAAGAGAACAAAAUACCCAAUUUCAAAGUAUCAUCCACGGUUUCUGGUGGGCAAUUGUUACCAUGACAACAGUUGGCUACGGAGAUAUAACUCCAACGACUCUUGGUGGUAAAAUAGUUGGAUCUCUAUGCGUGUUGGUUGGUGUACUUACAAUAGCGUUUCCUGUUCCCGUUAUAGUGAACAAUUUUACCUACUAUUAUACUCUUGAGCAAGAUGCGCCUGAACCGUUGGAUGAAGAUUACUUAGAAACACCAUUGGGAAAUAAUAGAAAUAUUUACUCCAGUUUUGCAUCAAUUGUAACAGAAAGUAACUACCAAAUUGUCCCCUCUAACAAUGAUUCAAAACAGAACAAAACGUCUUUGAGACAGUCUCUUAAGACAGAGAGCUUUAAAGCUAAUGGAUCCACUCAAACGAAGGUGAGAAGCGACUCUUGCAGUGAAAUAGAAUACCACUUGGAAUCACCUGUUUAGAGAAUAAAUGAGUUGACCAAAUUUUUCAAAAUAAGGUUACUCAGCUUGAAUAGCAUUAGCAGUGUGUAAUCAACCAUCAAAGAUAUUCUUAAUUAAAAAAAAAACUACAAACAAAACUUUAAAUUGGAAAAACUAUACGUGGUAAAUUUUUAAUGUUAAAAUUUCACUGACUUUUUUUUGUAAUAAAAUAUUUUAUAUUUCAUGGGUAUUAUAUAUUUUAUAAUGUGCUUUAAAGAUAUGUUAGCAUUUUUUUAAAUAUUUAUUGACAUACUUACAUAGAGUAUAUGCCUAAAAUUCUGAA